AACAUGUACAAUAUAGGCGCUAUGUUUCGUUCUUUAACUAUUUUAAAAUCUGACAAUAUAUUUUAUACUGUGGCCGUGGGGUUGUAGAUGUCAUUCGAUUCAUCUUUCAUUGCGACGUUUUUCUAUCAUGGCGGCCACCGUCGGUAGGAUUUGUGGGGCACGUCUUUUGAAAAAUUAUGGGACAGUUGGACCCCAGGUUUGUCAGCUGUCCACCAAUGCCCAAGGAUGGACAAAAAAUAGGAAAAUGUGGCUGUCCACAUUGGGAGUGGUCGGUGGUGGUGUUGGAGCCCUGCUGUUUGCCCUUGAACAGUCGGUGAAGGCCUCAGGAUCAGAGGCUCACCCUCCACAUCAGCCUUGGAGCCACGACGGCUGGUACAAGUCAUUUGACCAUGCCAGCGUCCGCCGCGGUUAUGAAGUGUACAAACAGGUGUGCAAAGCGUGCCACUCGCUGCAGUACAUCGCGUUCAGAAACCUGGUGAACGUCACCCACACUGAGGAGGAGGCCAAGGCCGAAGCCGCUGAGGUGAUGAUCAAGGACGGCCCCGAUGAGGAGGGCAACUACUUCGAGAGGCCCGGCAAGCUCUCCGAUUACUUGCCCUCGCCGUACCCCAACGAGAAUGCCGCUAGGGCCGCGAAUAACGGUGCUUACCCACCGGAUCUGUCCCUGAUCUGCUCGGGCCGUAAGGGAGGCGAGGAUUAUAUCUUCGCGCUACUCACCGGCUACAUGGACGCGCCCGCCGGCGUCAUACUACGUGAGGGGCAAAACUACAACCCCUACUUCCCGGGUGGUGCUAUCUCCAUGGCCCAAGUAUUAUUCGACGAGGCCGCAGAGUACAGCGACGGCACGCCGGCGACGGCGUCGCAGCUCGCCAAGGACGUGGCGACGUUCCUGCGGUGGUGCUCGGAGCCCGAGCUGGACGACCGCCGCCUCAUGUCCAUCAAGGCGCUCGGCAUGUUCUCCAUGCUGGCCGCCGUUGUCUACUACUACAAACGACACAAGUGGUCCACCCUCAAAUCCAGAAAACUAGCCUACAAACCCGUCUCUAGAAAAUAAAUAACCGCUACAAAAAGUAGAAUUACAAAGGUUUAGACAAUUUUUUUCGAUAGGCACAGUCAGUUAUUUGUUUAUAAUUAUAUUAAUUUAUUGUAUAUUACAACAUUUAUUUCUUCAUGGUUCAUUGUCGCUUGUUGUGGUAACUAUAACAAUAUGUUGAGUUUUGGUAUUGCAUCGUGUACGGGCGCAGCAUCAUACCUAAUCUACUUUAAUAAUAGCAUUUCGCCGUCGCGUGUUUGACUAUAGCACAGUCAGUGAAAUUAAAAUCCGCGAACAGUAACUGUGCUUGUGAUUUUUCAUGAAAGUUAUUAACUGUGAAUCAGUGUACAGUUGAAUAAAUGAGUUAUUGAAAAUCGAA